AGGCCGCUUCUCCUCAGUUCCUCACGGGCGGCGGCGGCGGCGGCGGCGCCGCUACAAGUUUUGACAUUUUGGCGGCGGAGGAGCGCGGCGGCACUUCGGCGCCGACGGCUGUGGCAGUAGCCGACCCUCGAGGGCCCUUCAGCCGCGCCCCGGCGCUCCCGCCUCCCAGGCUUCGGGCGGCCACGAGGCCCGGCCGCGUCCUCCCGCGUUGGCUCGCCGGGCGGCUGCAGCCAUGUCGCGGGGGCCUGAGGAGGUGAACCGGCUCACGGAGAGCACCUACCGGAAUGUUAUGGAACAGUUCAAUCCUGGGCUACGAAAUUUAAUAAACCUAGGAAAAAAUUAUGAAAAAGCUGUUAAUGCUAUGAUCCUUGCGGGAAAAGCCUACUACGAUGGAGUGGCCAAGAUUGGUGAGAUUGCCACCGGGUCCCCCGUGUCAACAGAACUGGGCCAUGUACUUAUAGAGAUUUCAAGUACCCACAAGAAACUCAAUGAGAGUCUUGAUGAAAACUUCAAAAAAUUCCAUAAAGAGAUUAUACAUGAGCUGGAGAAGAAGACAGAACUUGAUGUAAAAUACAUGAAUGCAACUCUCAAAAGAUACCAAACAGAACACAGGAAUAAAUUAGAUUCUUUGGAGAAAUCUCAAGCUGAAUUGAAGAAGAUCAGAAGGAAAAGUCAAGGAGGACGAAAUGCACUCAAAUAUGAACACAAAGAAAUUGAGUAUGUAGAAACCGUUACUUCUCGCCAGAGUGAAAUCCAGAAAUUUAUUGCAGAUGGUUGCAAAGAAGCUCUACUUGAAGAGAAAAGGCGCUUCUGCUUUCUGGUUGACAAACACUGUAGCUUUGCAAAUCACUUACAUUAUUAUCAUUUACAGUCUGCAGAAUUACUCAAUUCCAAACUGCCCAGGUGGCAAGAAACCUGCGGUGAUGCUACCAAAGUGCCCGAGAAGAUCAUGAAUAUGAUCGAAGAAAUAAAGACCCCAAGCUCUACCCCUGUGUCUGGAACACCCCAGCCUUCACCAAUGAUUGAGAGAAGCAGCAUGGUUGGAAAAGAUUAUGACACUCUUUCUAAAUAUUCACCAAAGGUGCCCCCAGCUCCUUCAGCCAGAGCGUAUACCAGUCCUUUGAUCGAUAUGUUUAAUAACCCAGCAACAGUUGCACAGAAUUCGGAAAGGAUAAAGAAUUCAACAGAUUCUUCAGAUGAUCCUAGUUUACAGCGAUCAGUUUCUGUUGCAACUGGACUCAACAUGAUGAAGAAGCAGAAAGUAAAAACCAUUUUUCCACACACUGCUGGCACGAACCAGACCUUGCUCAGCUUCGCCCAAGGAGACAUCCUCACAUUGCUCAUUUCUGAGGAGAAAGAUGGCUGGCUUUAUGGAGAGCAUGAUACCACCAAAGUGAGGGGCUGGUUCCCGGCAUCCUACACAAAGUUGCUAGAAGAAGAUGCAAAGGAAGCCAUGAGUGUUCCCACACCGAGCCCGGCACCCGUGAGAAGCAUCAGCACAGUGGACUUAACUGAGAAGAGCAGUGUUGUCAUCCCCCCACCAGAUUACUUGGAAUGUUUGUCCCUGGGAGCAGCUGCAGAUAAGAGAGCAGAUGUUUCCAAAAAUACAUCUACCUUUAAAGCACCGGUGUCCAAACCAGAAGCCUCAUCUCCUAACGACACAAAUGGGACAGCAAAGCCUCCUUUCCUCAGUGGAGAAAACCCCUUUGCUACUGUGAAACUCCGGCCGACGGUGACAAACGAUCGCUCAGCGCCCGUCAUCCGAUGAAGAGAGGGCCCGGGGACUCCUGUUCCUCCAACAUUAAGUUCUCACUUGCAAAAUGAUACACGCGGUUUGAUGUGCGCUGUAACUGAUGUAAAGCUUCGCCAAAGGGUGCCUGAUUUUACCUGUAUUCUACUUGAGCAAAUCAAUGCAUUCUCUCAAUUGAACAUAGUUGGGUUGAUACAUUUCUGUCUUUAAAGAAGAUAAAGAGUAGUUUAGUGACCAACUCAGUUAUUUAAAAUAUCCCUUUUCUGUUCAUCAGAAGACAGUAAAUUUGGUCCCAAUCCUUACUGUAUCUUUUAAAAUAUUCUAUGAUUUUUAAUAGCCAGAGUAAGGGAUGUCUACACUUUCAUGACUGGCUUUCUGCACCUGAAUGCAAAUGGGACCACAGUUUUAUAAAGCACGUGCUCUUACCUAGCAUCAAGACAUUCAUCUAAAGGAAAUGAUGUGUAAAUUUGCCUCUUGGCAUGCAAAUCACAGUUGUAAGCAAUAUAAAUUAUGAGACUAUUAUAUAAAAUUUUUUAACUUAAAAAAUUAAUUUUUGAUCAAAUGUAGAGCAAUCUAAGCUGGAAGAAUCCCAUUUCCCUCAAUUUAGACGUAGCUCUAGAGUACGGAGACAUUUUGCCUAUCCCUGUCACGGCCCUGAGGUUUAGUACUUGAAUAAUCCCAAGAGCUACUGAGCUUGGUGGCUUGGAGUUACCACCUGGACUGACCAAUGAAGACCCAGUCGCUCAGAGCGUCACAUAUCCAUGUGAGCAAAGCCAGGGUGUUCUCAUUACGCUAGCUGACCAAAGCUGCCUCUAUCCACUAGUGUACUCUGAAACAUCUUGGGGUCCAAGUUUUCUUCAUUUAUGAGUCGGGUACUGACACCCCCCCCCCCCUCCCGAGAAGGCAUAGAAAGCAGGAGCCUGAGUCUUGGCGACUGGGACGGGAAGGUCUGCAUUUCAUCCAAGACCUGCCAUCACACCCUCUGAGCCAGGGGCCCAGUUUACUUCCAGGUGCCAGAGAUUGGACCCUGUUUUGGAGGAGUGCAGAAUCAUGACUCCCACCCACGCCAUUCACUGUGCGUGGGCACAGCGGUCCUUGUUUAUCAUGGCUCCUUGGGUCUCGCCACAAAUAUCAACAUUUUUCUAUAAGCUUGAAAAUGGUCACCGUCAAAUGCAGGUAAACCAGUGUGUGACAAUAUGUGUUCUUGGUCCUGUCCCAGUUGGUCAAGUCAACCAGGCAACCCCACCAAAGGCUGAUGCGUCAGACCUCUGUGAGGGCUCUUCCAGGGCCAACCAAGUCAGGCUGAGUGCAGCUGGCAAGCAGCAUAUCUGUCUUGAGAGAAGAUGCGCCAGCCAAAAAACCACCAAAUUUAUUUGUUAAGUGCUCCACUGCUUCUCUCACCAUCUGGGUAAGAAGGUUCACGGAAGCUCAGUAUUUCCAAAGGUGGGGAGUCAGGUGUAACACAAGCGUGUUAAUGGGGUGGGGGACCCCGGCCUUCAGCGCUCUGCUCUUCAGGAUCCCCUGGCUUUGUUACGGAGAUGAUCACCGUGGGCUCGCUGGGCUCACCCGACCUGUCCUACAUCUUCACAGAGUGGGUUGCGGUGGGCACUCACCUGCCUCACAGAGGAUGGGAGGGCUUGCCUUAGGUCCUGGGCACGGAGGUGCAUGCUCUGUACAUGUCAAGGUAUUACGUUUCGUUAUAGUAAUAAAAAUUUGGAAAGCACA